UCAGGACACGUGUCAAGAAAACCACCGAAGAAUUAGAAAAAAUCAGAAGAGCGAUCAAAGGGGAUUUCUCAACCGCCAUGGCUUCGUCGGCGGUCUCUAAUCUGAUGCUCGCCAUUCAUGAGAAGAAGACGAACUCCGUUGAUCUCUACCGUCCUUUCCGCAACUACGUUACUUUCACCUACUCUGAGCGCGAGGCUCAGCUUAUAGACGACGAUCUUGAAACCGUGAAGCAGCUCCGAUCCGAUUUAGAACGCGUCCCCGAUCCGUCUCCGGCAGCUCGGCGAGACCUUCUCAUCUCAUAUUACAAAGCCCUUUGUCUGGUGGAAACGCGAUUUCCAAUUUCCGCAGAGAAGCACCAGGUGAACGCCGUUACUUUCUUAUGGUACGAUGCUUUCAAGCAAAAGCAAAAGUCUACUCAGCAGAACAUUCAUCUUGAGAAAGCCGCUGUUCUCUUCAAUCUUGGUGCUGCGUAUAGCCAGAUUGGACUCGGUCAUGACCGCACCACCGUGGAUGGGCGUCGUCAGGCUUCACAUGCGUUCAUCGCUGCUGCAGGUGCGUUUGUGUACUUGAAGGAUAAUUUGUCAUCUAAGGCGGCGAUUGGGCAGAGCCUCACCGUGGAUUUGUCGGUGGACUGCGUGGGAAUGUUGGAACGGUUGAUGCUUGCGCAAGCUCAAGAAUGUGUGUUUGAAAACUCCAUUGCCAAAGGAAGCACCCCUGGUGUUUCUGCUAAAAUUGCUAGGCAGGUUGGCAUAUUUUAUGAGGAAGCUUUCGCUGCGCUAACCACUUCACCAUUGAAGGAACAUUUCGAGAAAGGCUGGAUUUCUCAUGUGCAGCUGAAAGCAGCGGUCUUCUACAGUGAAGCUUGUUUUAGGUAUGGAAAAGAGUUGCACGAGAAAGAGGAAAUUGCAGAAGAAAUUGCACAGCUGAGGAGCGGAGCCAGCCGUUUGGCAGAAGCAGAAGCAAAGAAGCCAUACUCCUCAUGGCCAAGCGCCACCACAACCGUAUCCUCCUCAGACCCAGCAACAACCUCCAUCAUGGCAACAAGGCUCGUACUAUGAUCCCCAGGGACAGCAGCCUCGACCUUCACCUUUGAUAUGUUUCUUGAAUGACGUUGAAUUUUUGUUUAAUAGUGACUCAAAUUCUUUAUUCAAAAGUAGAGAGAUGAUAUGAUGGAUGAAAGUUGUGUAAAGCACAUUAUUCAUAUAUAUAGAUAAAGGUAAAUCAUUCCUUAUGGA